AAUGCCCAGAUAGACCAACUCAUUCCUCAAUUUUCGCUUCCGAAUCAAACGCUCCCAAGCCAGCACCGCAGCGUCCGCUUGCCGGUCCCGAAACGCCAUUGCCCCCCGCGCCCCCCGCGUUUCCAUGAUCCAUGGAUUCCCAGCAGCUCAUCGACACCCUCGCCGCCCACAUCGCUCUAUACCACUCCUCCUCUUCCUCUCCAAACCCUAGCUCCAGUCCUCGUUCCUCCAUCCUCCAAUGGUUCUCCUCACUCUCUGCUCAACAUCGCCGGGCUUCCCUCACUGUCCUCCACCCCGACUUCCUCCGCGUCCUCCGCCUUAUGCUCUCUCGUCUCCGCUCCCGUGGGCCUUCCGUCUUCUUCCUCCUCUCCGACCUCCCGUCCUCGUCCGAGCUACCGUCCCUCCUCUCCCGUCGCUCUCUUGGCCUCCUCGCCCGCGCCUCUUCAUCUAAUCCACAUUUCCUUGCUCUUUCCCGCGCGGUUUUGAUGUUCUCGACUCAUGAUUCCGAGCGGAUCUCUGACUGCUCUUUGGAUUCGUUCACUGUCGCUGAGGAAUUUGUUGCGGAUGUGGAUUGUUUUGUGGAGGCCAUGGAUGGGAUCUCUGGGGGGAGGUUCUUGAGAGGGGAAGUGGAGGGUUUGGGCGCCCCGUGGGUGGAGAUGGAUUGGUUGAAGGAUAUGGGGUAUUACAGUAUGGAGGCCUUUCUUGCUAGUAGGAUUGAGGUGGCCUUGAGGCUUUCAUGGCUUGCUUCUAUGAAGGGGAAGAAGAUGAAGGUCGGAAAGGUCAAGGAGAAGGAGAUAGCUGCAGCUGUGGCGGGUGCCGGUGUGGCGGCUAAUAUGUUCUGGAGGAAAAAGAGGUGCAUUGAUUGGUGGGUUGGGUUGGGUGUAGAAUGUAGGAGGACCAUGAUGGUGACUAUUUUGGGGAAGGCAUCAAAAUUUCUGGUUAAUGAUUUUGUUAUGUGCUCAACCACAGCUAAUGUUGAGGAUGAUUUGUCUGUGGGCCAUCAAGCAGGAAACUCUUGGCAGAGCAUGAGGCAAAAUCCCUACUUGCGUUGUGAUGUCAUGCUGUCUUUCCCUCAUCAUCAAAAGUUACCUUCUAUGGGAGAUUGUUUGAACAGAUUAGCAGUGAUACAUGAGAUAUCUCUAAUGUUUUCAAAGUUGCAGGAAGAGGAAUUUGAAAAGGAGGCAAUAUUUUUCAGCUCCUUAACUUCUAGUAGUUCUAUCUCUGAUUUUAUCUUGAGGAAACUCCGAGGUUUUCUCAUGAUUGUCUCCAUCGAUUAUGUAAACCUUGAGCUAAUUGGUGAUCCAAAGCUUAAUCCCAUCCAAAAUAAGAAUAAAGACGAAUUUGGCAUGUCCUAUCGAAAAGGAAAGAAGAAGCUCCAUAAUUCAAAAAGGCUUAGUUCGUCGUCUAAGCUCUCCGUAAUCAAUGCUGCAAAUCAAAAACCUAGUUUGGACCAUGCAUGUAAUGCACCAUCUGUGGGGAAUAGGUGCUCCGGCCUUGGUGCACGGCAAAAUACUCUCUCUUUAUUGGCCAAAAAAAGUGCUUUGGUUGUGGACACUGUUGAGAGCAAGACCCCAUUAAGAGGCUCUGACAUGGAGCCUUCCAAGCACUUGGUUGAUUGCACGGUUCGUGUUACUAAAAAAAAGAGUGGGAGAAAAAGAUCCAAGAAUAAAGCGGCUAGCUCAAAGUCGGGUGGAAAUCCUGAUACUGUAAACAAGAAAUUUCCUAGCCCUGUUCCAGUUAGUGUUUCAACUAUUCACCUUAAGGCAGAUCCUAUCAUGUGUGAGCAAUCACCAAAAUCAAGCUCUGCUAAUGUUUCAGAUAAGCCAGAUAUUGCAGGUGAAUCUGAAUCUAUCAAUGUUGCUCAGAUAAACCAUUUCCCUCAUCCCAGCCCAGGUUGCUCUUUUGAUGGUGUAAUUUCUUGUCCAUGCUCCAGUAUAUAUGAAGAUGGAGACAUUGUUGUUUCACAUUGUGAUAUUGAGUUGCAAGGCUCCUCAGAAAAAACAUUUACACCUGUAGCCAAUGACAACACUCACGAACUAAUUGGAAACCAUGCCACUUCUCCCAAAUGGAAUCCUGGAAAUACUUACAGCUGCUUUACACUUUCUGCGCAGUGUCUUGAAAAUGUUUCCAUAGAGGAGCAUGAGCCUCAAAAGUCUGGAUUCCUUUGUGACACAACCUCGGAGUCUAAUUCUCCAAACUUGUCUAAGGAUGUUUUGAAUAAGAAAAAUACACUUAUCCAAUGUAAUAGCAGUGAUUAUUAUGUGGCUACCUCCAGUGGCUCUACGUCACAUGAGUGGCCUAACUUAGCUUCUUUUCAUUAUGCAUCUGUGAAUUCACAGAAUCUCCCAACUGCGACUGACAGACUACAUUUGGAUGUUAGUCAGAAAUUGCCCAAUCACCACCAGUCUUUCCUUCCUCCAAGGCACCAGGUGAGAAGCUCGUCAACGGAAUGUGGGCGUAGCAGAAUAUUGCCUUCCCUGGCUGUGCCCAUGAGUUUUGACUGGCCUCCAAUGGUAAAGAGCUAUAGUAGACUAAGUCAGACAGUGACGUCAAGUUAUGAUUCUUGUUAUGCUUCAAGGCUACAGCCGUCAUUCUGCCCAGGCUUUUCUUCUCAUAGAAUGCAAAUAAAUGGUUCUUCUAGUGUAAAUGACUGGAAACAUACUUGGGAUGUUAUGGAUGCUUAUGAUUCUAAAAUCAUGUCUGAGUUCAUGGAUGACACUGAUAGUUAUUGGUUAUCUGAAGAAGAAUCAGAUGCUCAUACACUUUCUACAAGAGAUUAUAAUCAAUUUUUUGGUGGUGGAGUUAUGUAUUGGAAUACUUCUGAACAUGUUGGAGCAGGCUUUUCUCGGCCACCUUCAUAUAGUUCUGAAGAUAGCUCUUGGGCAUGGCAUGAGGCAGAACUAAACAGAACAAUUGAUGAUAUGGUCGGUAUGCCUGGGAUCUCUGCAUCCUACAAUACAAAUGGUUUGGCUUCACCACCUGCUGCUCCAUUUUGUUCUCCAUUUGAUUCUCUGGGACCAGGCCAUCAGGCUGUAGGUUACGCUAUUACAAGGAAUGAUAUGAUCGGAAAGCCAAUGAACUCAGUGCCUUCAGUCUCAGAUGCUACAGAUGAGAAACAUCCAAAAUCAUUAAAUAAUUCACCUAUAAGUGUUGAAGGAACAAAAGGUGACCCUCUUCCUUAUCCCGUGCUCCGGCCAAUCAUUGUUCCAACUAUUGCAAGGAAGGGAUCUAGAUCUGAGUUUAUGCUAAGUCAUGAUCAUAAAAACCCAUGCUUACCUUCCACCAUAAGAGAUGCCCCCAGAAUAAAAAGACCUCCAUCUCCUGUGGUACUUUCGGUCCCUCGAGUGCCCCGUCCGCCUCCACCAUCUCCUGUUGGAGGAUCUAGGAAGCGAGGAUUCCCUAUUGUCAGGUCAGGGAGCUCAAGUCCGAGGCACUGGGGUAUGAGAACUUGGUAUCGUGAAGAAGCUUUAGAUGAAAGUCACAUUUCUAUAGAUAGCACUGAAGUUCUUUGGCCUUCAUGGGGAAACAAGGGCAUCUCUGCCUUUCCAGUGGUGCAAUCAAUUGGGGGGCCCUUGCUGCAGGAUCAUCUGCUGAAUGUUUCUCAAUUAGCUUGUGAUCAGGAACAUCCAGAUAUUGCAUUGCCUCUGCAACCUCCUGAUUUGUUGAACUCUAAUGAUAAGACACCCUUAUCCCUUCUGCAGUGUCUUCUCCAUGAUGAAAUUGAUUCUUUCUGGAAGCAGGUAUCUGCUGAGCACCUGACAAGGAAGCCCUACAUUAAUUGGGCUGUAAUGAGGGUCACACGAGCUCUUCAAGUCCUUUGGCCUCGUUCUCGUACCAAUAUUUUUGGUUCUUGUGCAACUGGUUUAGCUCUUCCCACUAGUGAUGUAGAUCUUGUGGUUUCUCUUCCACCAGUACGGAAUUUGGAACCUAUUAAAGAAGCUGGAAUUUUGGAAGGUCGUAAUGGAAUAAAGGAAACAUGUCUUCAGCAUGCGGCUAGGUAUCUUGCGAAUCAGGAUUGGGUCCGAAAUGACUCCCUAAAAACAAUAGAAAAUACAGCUAUACCUGUUAUUAAUCUAGUGGCUGAGGUCCCUCAUGAUUACAUCUCUUCAAAUCGAAACUCUUCAAAUUCAGAUGCUCAGAAAGUAUGGGCCAGCAAUGCACAUCUUGGACAUGGGGGUGGUCCUCAUUCUGAUCAACCUCUCUCCGAGAAUAAGUCUUUGCCCUUGUCAUCAAAAUUGAUGAAGGAUGAUUACAUUGAUGUGAAGCUAAUUCGUCUUGAUAUCAGCUUUAAAUCACCGUCUCACACUGGACUUCAAACUUCAGAAUUGGUUGGGGAACUCACUCAGCAAUUUCCAGCGAUCAUACCGCUUGCUUUGGUACUAAAGCAGUUCUUGGCUGAUCGUAGUCUGGAUGACUCCUACUCAGGUGGCCUAAGUUCAUAUUGUCUGGUGUUACUGGUUACACGAUUUCUCCAGCAUGAACACCAUAUUGGCCGGUCAAUCAAUCAGAGCCUUGGCAGCCUUUUGAUGGAUUUUCUCUACUUCUUCGGGAAUGUGUUUGAUCCGCGUCAAAUGCGUAUAUCAAUUCAAGGAAGUGGAGUUUAUAUGAAGAGAGAAAGGGGUUUAAGUUUUGAUCCAGUUCAUAUCGAUGAUCCACUCUAUCCCACUAAUAAUGUUGGGAGGAACUGCUUUCGCAUACAUCAAUGUAUCAAGGCUUUUGCAGAUGCUUAUGCUGUUCUCGAGAAUGAACAAUCACAGUUCUUAGACAAUCGCCCUCCUACUUCUUUGGCGUCAUUUAGGUUACUAGAAAAAAUAAUUCCAAGUAUUGGCCAGGAGUUCCAAAGUUCAGUUUGUAGUGGCUGAAGAUUUGAUUGUUUGGAGGGUAAUAAUAUUCCUGCACACAAAAUACAGGGAGUUCUAUUAACUGCUGCAGCUCAAGGAUGCAAAUUCUUCUAUGCUGAUCCUGCUACCAGCGGCCAGACAAUGAUGUGAAGCAAGUGCUCCUCACUUUUAUAUGCUUUACUGGUAGGCUUUAUUUCAUGUCCCAGUGCAUUGUGCAUUUUGGUGAGGGAUCUCAAGAUAUAUUGGGCACACAGUUGACCAUUUUUCUUCUGAGGGAACUUUUCAUACAAAAGCUACCAUCUCUUCCCUAUGUGAGCUUUGUGGUGAUCAAAAGAGCGUAUGUUCUUGGUGUAACUCCUUAACAUCCAUUAUUUCCAUCACAGUUAGUGCCUGCGCACCAGUAUGUAGCAUUUUGACCUGUCAGGGACAUUGGAUCAAGAAGACUACAGCUCUGGGUUUAAUGCAUUCAUGCAGUUCAUUCCCAGCUUCUUUUCUGGCAGUUUAGAAGACGAAGCUCUUGGAUAGUGUGAGGACGACACGAUUUCUGAUACCAUCUAUCAUUUGCAUUACGUGUAGAGUUUAGUUCCACGUGGCAGAUUUCUCAAAUUAGUUCGGUGGGCUUCACACGCCUGUUGGUUGUCUGAUUUUCCUUCUUACAGGCUCUACUCAUUUGUAUGAGUUAAUAAACUUAGUGUUUUAAAGUUCAUUUUUUAAAUAAAUAUAUUUAGCAAUUAA